AUGCUCCAAUUCUCCUUCUCCCUUCCUCGCAUCUUCCCUCUCUGGGAAAAAUCGCAAUUCAAAAUUCCACCCCCAAAAAUCCACGACAUCGAGAACGCGCCCGAGAAGCCCACCCGUGCAUUAAAGUACCUGAUUAAGUUGAACCAUGCCAAUCAUGCCAUUUUGUUCCAUGAGCGGAAGUCUCAUAACCACAUUCCUCACUUACUGAGUUCGGCGUGGAUACAAGGUGCUGAUGCGGACGAGUUGCAUCGGUUGUAUGAGACUGAGUGUUUGGUGAUGGAGCCGUGGGUUGAUUCGCCGGGGGAGGUUAGUUUGGAUGAUUGGAGGGAUUUUCUGGGGAGGAGGGAAUAUCAACGGGCAUUCGUGAACUACUUUGAAGACGAACUUGUCCGGCACGGAUAUGACUGGAAAGAAGUGGUUAAUGAAUACCUCUUCUCCGGAGAGCAACCUCUGUUCAACUCUCUCAUCACAGACCUCGGCCACCCCCUAAUCCAUCUAUCCUACGCUUUCGAAUUCUCCAGCCGUGAACUCGCCAUGGAAGCCCUAGGUCUCGCAGCAACAACCUACAGCCCAAUCCACAAAUAUCUCUCCGACCCCGUCUACACCCAAACAGAAUCCUCCUACCACACGUCCUCCCUCUUCGACAUCCUGUCCCGCGUGCGCACCGACAUACGCUUCCGCGGGCUCUUCGGCACCCCAGGAAAUGAGAACAUCGAGAAGAUCUUUGCCACCCGCGAAGACGCACUAAUCGACCACUGGAAUGCAUGGAAGUUCGAGGGGGACGCUGUUACGCGGUUCCGGGAGACGCAGGAAGUUGCUACAGCAUUACUACUUGGCACGCAUGCGGAUGGCUCGGAGGAGUAUGAUUUCUUCUUUCUGCAUGUUUUAAGCACCAGCCACGCUGUCCGCAUCUUACUCCCUCUGAUCCCAGCCAAGUUCCAACUCGCACUCGUCCGGCAGUGGUGGCUCCUUACACUAUCCGUGUACAUCGCCCAACUACGCCCCGAAAUCCACGUUGACCGCAUCCGGGACGUCGAGCUUAAGGACAGGGACUGGAAAUGGGUGGCUAGGAUGGCGCUUAAGGGGGAGAAGAAGGAUGCGCAUUAUGUUAAGGCGUUGAGGAUGUUGAGGGAGGCGGCGGGGACUUGGAAGGAUGAGGAGGGGUAUUAUCUCAGGGCGGCAGUUAGGUUUGCGGAAGAGUUUAUUGGAUGGGGUGGGUUUGUUUAG